UCGUGACGUUCGUUCACAUCUCCAUAUUUUUUGCUUGUCAUCCAUCGCUUAUAGAUUCGAACAUAGCUGCUUGCUAGAGAAGUUGUUUUAGAAUCUGAUUUGAACAAAACAAAAGUCCAAAAUGUCGCGUGGUAGUUCUGCUGGUUUCGACCGUCAUAUUACAAUUUUCUCUCCAGAGGGUCGAUUGUACCAAGUCGAAUAUGCAUUUAAAUCGAUCAACCAAGAAGGACUGACUUCAGUUGCUGUAAAGGGUCAAGACAUCGCAGUGGUCGCCACGCAGAAGAAGGUGUCGGAAAAAUUGAUCGAUCCAAAUACGGUUACGCAUUUGUUCCGUAUAACGAAGACAAUUGGCUGUGUGAUGACCGGACGUAUUGCUGACAGUCGUUCUCAAGUUCAGCGUGCACGUUAUGAAGCGGCCAACUGGCGCUAUAAGUAUGGUACAGAUAUUUUAGUCGAUGUGCUAUGCCGUCGUGUUGCUGAUAUCAACCAGGUUUACACCCAAAAUGCUGAAAUGCGCCCACUUGGAUGCAGCAUGAUACUGAUUGCUUACGAUGACGAAAAAGGUGCUUGUAUCUACAAAACCGAUCCAGCUGGAUAUUACUGCGGUUUUCGUGCGGUUUCCGUCGGUGGAAAACAGACCGAAGCCAAUAGUUAUUUAGAGAAGAAAUUGCGAAAGCGUACGGAUUUGAAGGAAAACGAAGUUAUACAGUUGGCCAUUUCGUGCUUGUCAACGGUGUUGGCUGUUGAUUUCAAACCAUCCGAAAUUGAAAUUGGCGUCGUUACCAAAAGUGACCCAACGUUCAGAACAUUAAAUGAGGACGAAAUCGACACUCAUUUGACCGCCAUCUCCGAAAAAGAUUAAUCGAUCACAAAACAUUGAAUGAUAUGAUUCUUACAUCCAUAAAAUCAAAUUAUUUUUUAUUACUGUAAUCACUUUUGAAGAGAACUUUUCCAAUUCUAUUUAAUAAAAAGAAAUCAACAAUGAAAGAAACA